AAUCUAUGAGAAUUUUUCUUCUUUGUUGAUUCCUUCUUUCAUCCGAGAGAUACUCUGCCCAAAGUCACAUUCUCUGAUCUUUUCUCCAUCUCCUAGCUUUCUUCCAGUUCAUGGAAGCCAUCUGAAAUUAGCUCUCCCUUACAUAUAGAUCUUCAACCAUACAUCAACUCCACAUUGCAUCAACUAUCACCUCUGUUGGAACAAUCUUCUACUGAUUCACGGAUUCUGCAUUUCUUCCGCUGGAGCAACUCAUCAUCAGAGAAUACUUCUCGGUACUGCAAAAAAUUUGUUGUUGUUCGGCAUAAUUGGCUGUAACAGCCACUAUUCCAGACGUGUUACACCAACAGAAUUUGACAGCCUCACUUUCUGCAACUGUGAGAAUUGUGACUGCACCUAGUUCACGUAGCUUGCCUUGAGAGAAGCCAAAGUUGCAUUUGUAUUUCCCCUUUCCGUUGUUGCAAUUACUAGUUGUAACUUGUUUCUUUCUUUCUUUUAAUUCUUGUAAUUUGGCCAUUUCAAGCAUGUGAAGUGGAAGAGCGCAUAAGUGUUCUUCCCUCAUUUGCUAACUUGACUUAAAGUCUCACCACUUAAAAUUUGGUAGACGGUGAGUGUGUCUUAGAUCCAAAGUCUAAGCCUCACCUAGGAGACCUCACCUUUACUAGUUUUCUUUCAUUUUAAUUUCCAGCUUUAUGUUCUUGUUCGUUUAGGAAGCUCUCUUUAGGGGUCCGAAUUCUAGAGUUUAGGCCUUUAUUUUGCUUUGAUUGUUUGUUGUCUUUGAGACUUUGGUGGAUCUAAAAGUGAUUUUGAUCUAAAGAAUUUAGUAAGUAACUAGAAGCAUAUUUGGCAAGGCAAAGGCUUAGUACUUAAGCAACCCUAGUGGUUCACCUCCCUUACCUGGAAUAUUGCUUUCAAAGUGAACUCUUUAGUCUUUAUUUCAAGAAAAACAUUUAAGUCCAUCACAAUGUCUAGAAGGCAUUCUCCUAGGAUUAGUGAUAGUGAAAACCAAAAAGAGCAAUUCACCCUCCAAACCUUAGUCAACCAACUCAAUGAAAUUGAAAGGAAGAUGAGUCAAGAAAAAGUCAAUAGAGAGCUUCAAAAUGCUAUGAUUCAAGAUGAGUUGAGGUUGUUAAGAGAAGAACAAAAUAGGUCUAGUGGAAGUCAAAGUGAUCAUUCUCAAGAAGAGGGCAUACCUCUAAAUGUGGGAGAUUAUUACAGUCAACCUUCUUCUUCUAGGAAAUCUAGGAGGAAUAUUCAUGUGCUUCCACCUCCUAAAGAAGUCAAUGUUGUAUUGCCUCACUUCCAUGGGAAGGACAAUGUUGAGGCCUAUCUUGAUUGGGAAAUGAAGGUGGAACAAUUGUUUGCUUUCCACCAAGUAAGUGAAGAAAGAAAGGUCUCUCUAGCUACCCUAAGCUUUCAAGGGUAUGCAAUGUAUUGGUGGACUGCCUUAGUCCAAGAGAGACUUAGACAUCAAGCUCCUCCAAUUCAUUAUUGGAAUGAUCUCAAAACUGCCCUUAGGAGGAGACAUAUUCCCUCCUACUACAAUAGAGAACUCAUGGAUAAACUCCAAAGAUUACAACAAAAGUCUAUGACUGUUGAAGAAUAUAGACAAAAAAUGGAGUUAUACAUAAUGAGGGCAGGGAUAGUAGAGGCUUCAAAAAUUACUUUGGCCAGAUUUUUAAGUGGGCUUAAUUUUGAUAUUCGAGAUAGGGUUGAACUACUACCUUAUAGAGAUUUGAAUGAUCUUGUUCAAAUGUGUAUCAAGGUAGAACAACAAAACUUGAGAAAAUCCUCUUCUAAAAGAGUUCAAGUUCAACCUAUUUUUGAAAAGAAAAUUUUUAAAGAAAAAGAGUCUUUUAAACCUCUAGCCAAAAUAAAUGAAAAGCCCAAACAAGAAUCCUCUUCACACACUCACACAAGAGAUAUCAAGUGCUUUAAGUGUUUGGGUAGGGGUCAUGUAGCUGCUCAAUGUCCUACAAAGAGAGCCAUCAUUCUUAAAGGUAGUGACAUUUAUAGUAGUGAAAGUGAAUUCCCCACCAGUGAAAGUGAGAGUGAACAAGAGAAGGGAGAGGAAGUCUUUGCUGAAGAUGGUCAACUUCUCAUGGUGAGAAGAGUGCUCAAUAGUCAACCUAGCUUAGAACAUUUAUCUCAAAGAGAGAACAUCUUUCAUACAAGAUGUAAGAUUCAAGACAAAUAUUGUUCUCUCAUUGUUGAUAGUGGAUCUUGCUGCAAUUGUUGUAGUGUCAAGCUAGUUGAAAAGUUAAAUCUUGAAGUCAUACCCCAUCCAAAACCUUACAAACUUCAUUGGAUAAAUGAAGAUGGGGAUAUAACUGUCAAGAAACAAGCUAAAUUGGCAAUUUCCAUUGGGAACUUCAAAGAUGAAGUGAUUUGUGAUAUAGUUCCCAUGGAAGCUUGUCAUGUGUUGUUGCGAAGACCAUGGCAAUUUGAUCAUGAAAUUAUACAUCAUGGUCUUACCAACACCAUAAUUGUUCACAAAGGAGAUAAGAAAUUUGUGCUUCAUCCUUUGACACCUACCCAAGUUGCAAAGGAUCAAGCACAAAUGAAGGCAAUUAGGGACCACGAAAAAGAACAAAAGAGGAAACAAAGUCCAAAAACCAAGCAAGAAGUAAUCCUUAGGGAUGAAAAAGAGGUGUGGGAGUCUAGUGUUCCCUCCCACAAGGUUACUCCAUAUGAAGUCCUUUUAAAUAAAAAAACUUUGAUCCACGCACUUCAAGUUGAGCAACCUUUAUACCUCCUUCUUUGUCAAGGAACACUCAUAUGCACAUCUAGUGAGUCUUAGACUUCUACUUUAUCUCUU